AGUUUAGAUUCCUCAGUGUUCAUGUGUCGCAUUAUUGUUGCUAAAGGUGGAAUCUUGAUUUAUAUUCUUGAUAAAGAUGGAUUAGAAUGUUGGGCUUUUGAGUUAGAUUCCUCAGUGUUCAUUUGUUGCAUUGUUCUUGCUAAAGAUGGAAUCUUGAUUUAUAUUCAUGAGAAAGAUGAUUUAGAAUGUUUGGCCUUUUGAGUUAGAUUCCUCAGUGUUCAUGUGUUGCAUUGUUGUUGCUAAAGAUGGAAUCUUGAUUUACAUUCGUGAGAAAGAUGGAUUAGAAUGUUGGGCUUUUGAUUUAGAUUCCUCAGUGUUCAUUAGUUGCAUUAUUGUUGCUAAAGAUGUAAUCUUGAUUUAUAUUAAGAGUAAGAAAGAUGAAUUAGAAUGUUGGGAUUUAGAGUUAGUUUCUCAAUGUUCAUUUGUUGCAUUCUUGUCUUGUUGAUAAAAUGGAAUUUCGACUAAUAUAAAUAAGAGAGUUAAUUAGAAUGUUGGGAUUUUGAGUUAGAUUCCGCAGUGUUCAUUUGCUGCUAAAGAUGGAAUCUUGAUUUUGUAUCAUUCAGUUUCAAGAAAGGGAAGACCUUGUUAUGUUGUAACUGUUGUUAUGAUUUAAAGGGAAAAUUUUGGUGGAGGCUUUGCACAUUAUGUCCAAGAUUUUUGAUGUUAAUUUCAACAGAUUGUUAGGUUGAAUGGAAGAGAUGGACACUGAGAGUGCCGUUCCAGUUGCUGGGAAUGGGGACGGAUUUGAAAAAGCUGUUCCUGUACGCAUCCCCGUCUCUCCAAGUGUAAACGGGGCUCCCAAUGGCAGCCUAGAAGUCGAGGGACUCAGUGAUAGUCUUGACAAUGCUGUCAAGUUGGACCCUGCUGUCAAGCCAGUGGAACUUGAGGUUAAAGAGACCACCGUCUUCAAGAACUUGAAACCACUCAAGAUCGGUAAAGCAUCGAGCCCCAAAAAUGGCGCAGCAACAGUUUCAGGCAAGAGCAAGAACAGAAAAGAGGCUAGCAAACCUUACGUUGCUUCAAAUGGUAGCGAUGCUUCAGAAUCAAGCCAGAGCCGGACUUCUGCUAUAAGAUCAAAGAUUUAACCGUCUAAUGAGAAGCAAUGCUCGGUAAACUCAAAAGCAUCACCUGCCCAAGAUUGCUCUAAGGAGCAACAUGGCCUCCCCGAUGCAACAUCAUCUUCCACGAGUGGAGAACAGGCCGAAGAACUUCUGGAGAAGACAAAGCUGAAGGCUCUUGUGGAAAGCCUUUCUAGUAAAAUCGAAGAAAUCUCACAGUCAUCAUCAAGCCCUACUGCCGAAGAUGCCAUGGCCCGCAGAUCGGGUGCUCUACCAACCUACGGUUUCAGCUUCAAAUGCGAUGAAAGGGCUGAGAAACGAAGAGAGUUUUACUCCAAACUCGAGGAGAAGAUUCAGGCAAAGGAAGCAGAGAAGACCAAUCUGCAGGCGAAGAGUAAGGAAUCUCAGGAUGCUGAGAUCAAAAUGCUGAGAAAAACUCUUGGAUUCAAAGCCAUGCCUAUGCCAAGCUUCUAUCAAGAACCUCCACCUCCAAAGGUGGAGCUAAAGAAGAUUCCUACUACAAGGCCAAAAUCUCCGAAGCUUGGCCGGAAGAAGGCUUCGCCAAGUGCGGAAUCCAAAGAAAACGGGGCUCGCCCAGCUAGGCUAAGCCUGGACACGCUCGCCAAAAUGCCAAGCCACGACCACGUGAAGAAGCCGAUGAGGAAGUCUCUUCCCAGGUUGCCGUCUGAGUUGAAAAAGUUAGUUAAAAUGAUGACCUGUUUCAUGGGUUUUGAUGUAAAAGACGAUCACAUGAGACUUUGUAAUAAUAUGUUCAAAUUCUCUUACGAUCUCACAUCGGACUCGUUUCAUGUAUUUUGAUCCAUAAGACAUCCCAUAUCGAACUUGUUUUAUGUAUUUUGAUCCAUAAGAUGGUCUCACAUCGAACUUGUUUUAUGUAUAUUGAUUUGUAA